AUGAUCAAUAAUAGCCAGGUAUUUCCCAAGAGAGAAUUCCUAAGCUAAAAAAUGAGACUCUCGCGCUUCUAAGUAUAUUACGAUAUUUAAUUAUUUUUAGAGGAAAAAAGGAGAACUAAGAAGCUGCAUGCAUUGUCAUCGAGAAUGCAUGGAAGUAUUGACUCAAAGAUGUUCAACUCUACAAUGAAUGAGCAGGGCUUAUCAAAAAAUACGAAUGAGAGAUAUCAUACGAAUCACAAAAACAGCCUUGCCGCAAUUAAUAACACAUUUGAUGACUCAAAUAAACAAAGUAUUUAAAAGGAAUUGCAACUUCUAUCAAGUCCCAAGAUAAUUAUUCAAGAUUCUGCUGGCCACAUCUCAAACCAUGUCAAGGGAUUCUACAUUCCAACCUAUCGGGGGUCCAAUUAUCAGUCAUAGAUCAGAGGAGUGCAAAAGUCUGAGAAGGAUGAGUGGUAGUUGCUCGGUCAGUUGGAGGAGUAGCGGAUGUAACUUAGAGAGCAUUAAGAGUUCCUUGACAAAAAGAAAAAGCAAUCUUUUUAAAAGUAACUGCUGCUUUAGCAGAUUAGUGAGAACUCCUAGACCAAAGCCCUGAAUUACUAACUAAAAUAGCUGGAGUUGAGGGACAUCAACAAGUAUACUUUCGCAGAUAAAAUUUAUAACGAAAGAUUGAGAGGCAAAUUAGUCACCAAUAGAAACUAGGUGGAUUCCAAUUAGCUGCAUGCUGAGUUGAUCAGGUAAAAAGAGCAGAAAUUGUAGAAUAUAAAUAUUACCAAGCGAAGAGAUCGUGAGAACUGGAUAGAGGAUGACUACUUUAAGUACUUUAGUUACGAUUAUCAAGCUCAGUUAAAGAAAGCAAGACAACGCAUAAGAAUGUCGCUGAACUAGGAGUACAAGUAAAAGUCAUUGGAUACAAGGAACACUGAGAUUGUGGCAUCUCUCAAUUCUUAGGAGUCUUAGCGCAGCUUUAUGGAAAACAGGAAAAACUUCCUAGAUCAAGGGUUCGAUAACAAUGAAAAACUCCGUUAAUAGCUGAAUAAUAAGAAGCAGGUAAUAGUGGAUAUGAACGAGAAUAUCUAUAAGCAGAAAAUGCCAAAACUAGUCAAGUUAGAGCAUGAAUAGUAUUAGUCAGAAAUAAAGGCAAACGAAGAGUAUGCUGUCAGGGAUAAAGCUUAAUUAGAUUUAGAGCAAUUCAGGGUAUAAGCUUCACAGGACUUGACUUUGAAGUGCAAAGAAUCCCAACGCCAGGCAAUCCUAAGCAAGAAUAAUUCAAGGUUUCAAGUCAGAAGUAAAGAUCUGCAGUUUGAGAGUUAGAUUGACAUCAAACCUGAAAAUCUGAGUCUAAAUUGGGAUAAUAUGGGUAGAUCUAAGUUUAAAACCCCAUAGAGAAAUAAUAUAAAGGAAUAUGAAAGUAAUAUGAUAAAUGUAGGUGUAGUUAACAAGUCUAAUAUUGACAUAACUAUGAAUAAGCAUGAGAGAAGCAUGAAUAAAGAUCUGCUGAAGGAGGCGAUGAUUAAAUUCAACAUUGGGGAGGACGAUAUGAAAUCUAGUAAUUACUGA